CAAAUUUUCACAAUAAUUAUGCUUUUUGUUUUCUUUCUUUUUAAUCAACCAUAAUAUUAUUAUUAUACUCUUCGAGUGCAAAAGAUAAUGGUGUAUCGUCAUGUAUGUAUGUAUUAUCAAAUUAUCAAUUACAAUAAUUACAGUUUCAGCUAACAAAAAAAGAACGAAGGAAAUCAUCCAACAACAACAACAGCUUACAGCCGCCAAAGAUUGCUGUUCUUCAACACCCCCCCACCCACCUUUUCUAUUUCUCUCUAUCUCAAAAGAAACAAGAAGCACCAGCUCAACUUUCUCUCUUUCUUUUCAUUUUCCGUGGGUGUGAUAUCUCUGCCCCGGAUUUCCCCAGUUGGCUCAGAACGUUUCUUUCUAAUAAGGGGAAAGUCCCCUGUCUUUACCAAGGAAGAACACAAGAAGCUUAUAGCCCGGGUUUUUGCUUCAUUGCACUGAAAUUUGGUUUAAUAAUUCUGGGCUUUUCUUCCCUAAUUGGAAUUGUGUCUCUCCUCUAUCACUGAUGCUGUAGUUGCUCUAUAAGUUUGAUUUAUCACUGUGCUCUGACGUGCACAAAGAAGGGCUUCUUUUGUCAUUUAAGUUAUGAUCAAACAGAUACUUAAUAGGCUCCCGAGGAAGCCCUCUAAGUCAGCUGAAAAUCGUGAAGGAGGAUCUUCUAACUCUUCUUCAAAUGCUUCCACCAGUUCAAGAAGCGGCUCUUUAGCAAGUAGCAGAUAUGUGAAUUCGGGUACUUCAUCUCUUUCGGGCCCUAAUUCUACUCCAAAUUUUGGAGUAAACGUGAAUUCAAAGCUUAAUGGGAACUCAUUGGCUUCUCCAUAUGAGGCAUUGCCUAGUUUCAAAGAUGUUCCAAAUGCAGAGAAGCAGAACUUAUUCAUAAAAAAGUUGAACUUGUGUUGUGUUAUCUUUGACUUCAGUGACCCAACAAAGAACCUCAAGGAAAAGGACAUCAAGCGACAGACAUUGGUAGAGCUUGUGGAUUACAUUGCUUCUGCUAAUGGGAAAUUCUCAGAAACCGUCAUGCAAGAAAUUGUAAAGAUGGUGUGCGUAAAUUUAUUUAGAACACUCACUUCUCCACCCCUUGAAAACAAAGCUUUAGAGGCCUUUGACUUAGAAGAGGAAGAGCCCUCAAUGGACCCAGCAUGGCCACACUUGCAAGUUGUGUAUGAAUUCUUCCUGAGGUUUGUGGCAUCACCUGAGACGGAUGCAAAGUUGGCUAAGAGGUACAUUGACCACUCUUUUGUUCUCAGGUUGUUAGGUCUUUUUGAUUCAGAGGACCAUAGAGAGAGGGAUUACUUGAAAACGGUUCUGCACCGCAUCUAUGGGAAAUUUAUGGUGCACCGCCCAUUCAUCAGGAAAGCUAUCAACAACAUCUUCUAUCAUUUUAUUUUUGAAACUGAAAAGCAUAAUGGGAUUGCAGAGCUGUUGGAGAUUUUGGGAAGUAUAAUAAACGGUUUUGCUCUGCCACUGAAAGAAGAGCACAAACUCUUUCUUGUUCGAGUGCUUAUUCCACUUCACAAACCCAAAUGCAUACCCUUGUACCACCAGCAGUUAUCUUACUGCAUUACCCAAUUUGUGGAGAAAGACUGCAAACUUGCGGAUACAAUAAUCCGUGGUUUACUAAAAUAUUGGCCUAUUACAAAUAGUUCAAAGGAGGUCAUGUUCUUAGGGGAGCUGGAAGAAGUUCUAGAAGCAACUCAGCCUGCAGAAUUUCAACGCUGUAUGGUACCUUUGUUUCGCCAAAUUGGCCGAUGCUUGAGCAGUUCACAUUUUCAGGUGGCAGAGAGAGCUUUGUUCUUAUGGAAUAAUGAUCACAUUGCCAACCUAAUCAAACAGAACCGCAGUGUCUUACUGCCAAUCAUAUUCCCUUCAUUGGAGAAAAAUGCAAGAAACCACUGGAACCAGGCAGUACAGAGCCUGACUCUAAAUGUCCGGAAGAUUUUCUCUGAUAUUGACCCUGAGCUUUUUGAGGAAUGCCUGCUCAAAUUUCAGGAAGAUGAAGUACAAGAGAAGGAACUUAAUUUGAGACGUGAAAUCACUUGGAAGCGUUUGGAAGAGAUUGCUGCCAAGAAAGCUACAAGCAAUGAAGCAGUGCUUGUGUCCCCCAGAAAAGCCACCGGCAAACCUUCUGGCUAGCAAGUUUGAGAUUCCCUACAAUGUGAUUACAGUGAUUUUGAUAUUCAAAUCAUUACGCAGUCCAUAGACUGACAUUGCUGUAUAAGUUCUGAGAUAUCAAUCUUCUUCUUGUUGGUUCCUCCGCUCUUCCUGGUGAAAUUUCGGGUUGUCAGGUGAUCAAGUCACAGCACAGAGCAUGCAUGAAUGGCUCAAUCUGGAAUACAAUUGGCCCCCUUUUGGUUUACCAUGUGGGGGUGUGGGCUGUAUAUAUUUGAUUUGGUGUAGAAGAACAAAGGGGUGACCCUGCCACACAGCCACAGCAUGGUGUUGGAGGUGUGGUGAGUAAAGCUGGUCUCUUUGUCAUGGGGUUUUAAAGUUUACAAAAAAAAAAAAAAAAAGGCUUGAAAUUGACAUGGCUCUGUGGUUACAUAAUUUUGGAUGAUUUGGUUUAAUAGAGACAUCAUGUCCUCAAUCUUCAAUUA